AUGGUGCGCCUUCGAGAGAUCCCCCGAACGGCCGCCUUUGCCUGGUCUCCAGGUGCUGGCAAGCCCAUUUUAGUUACUGGCACUCGUGCUGGAGCUGUUGACGUCGAUUUCUCCGACGAGAGCAAGCUUGAACUCUGGGAUCUUGCUCUAGAUGACCAACAGCAGGGCCUUGAGCUACAGCCUGUCGCUAGCAUCAGCACCGACGCCAGAUUCUACGAUGUCGCAUGGGGUCCCCCCAAUGAGGACCAUCCCCGAGGUAUCAUUGCCGGUGCCCUCGAGAAUGGAUCCCUGGACCUUUGGGAUGCCGAGAAGCUCAUCGCUGGAGAAUCAGAUGCACUUAUCUCCCAGACAUCAAAACACAGCGGUCCAAUUAAGACAUUAGAGUUCAAUCCAUUGAAGCCCCAGAUUCUUGCUACAGCUGGCGCUAAAGGAGAGCUCUUCAUCUACGAUGUCAACGACAUUGCCAACCCCUUCCGACUGGGAAACGCUGCUGCCCGAUCCGACGAUAUCGAAUGCCUCGCAUGGAACCAAAAGGUUUCGCAUAUUCUUGCCACUGGUGGAAACGGUGGAUUUGUCACAGUCUGGGACUUGAAGACUAAGAAGGCUUCUCUGACUCUCAACAAUAAUCGAAAGGCUGUUAGCUCAAUUGCUUGGGAUCCCAACAACUCGACAAAGCUCUUGACAGCGACUCCAGAUGACAACACACCUGUCAUUCUGCUAUGGAACCUUCGAAACUCCAAUGCCCCUGAGAAGACACUGCAAGGUCACGAGUCUGGCAUCCUCUCCCUGUCUUGGUGCCAGCAAGAUGCCGAUCUCCUGCUUUCAUCCGGCAAGGACAACCGAACUAUUGUGUGGAACCCUAGCACUGGAGAGCGAUACGGCGAAUUACCCGAGGUGACCAACUGGACUUUCCUCACCCGAUUCAACCCCCACAACCCCAACCUCUCAGCGACGGCCAGCUUCGACGGCAAGAUCACUGUGCAGACUCUCCAGAACACCAACCCAGAUACUUCCAAGGCCGCAGCUGAGAAGAAUCUUGAUGAUGAGGACUUCUUCCGUGCUGCCCAGGACCAGCCCCAAGACGCUUCAUGGUCAUUGGCAAAGGCUCCCAACUGGUUCGAGAGGCCCGUUGGUGCUUCUUUCGGUUUUGGUGGAAAGAUUGUCGUGUUCAAACCCAAUACUACUCAGCCUGGGCAGAAGCGUUCUUCCAAGAUUAUGAUCACUAACUUCUCCGUUGACUCUGAUGUUUCCACUGCCACCCAGAAGUUCCAGGAAGAUAUUGCUUCUGGCAACAUCAGCGAAAUUUGUGCCAACCACGUUGAGAACGCCAAGACUGACGAGGAAAAGGCUGACUGGGAGGUGAUGGAGACCCUGGUUGGUGAAAACCCUCGUGAGAAGAUUGUCGAAUAUCUUGGUUUUAAGAAGGACGAUCUCACAAAUGGCAAUGUGGAGGAGACCACUGAGGAGACCCAAGAGGAUGAGGAAACCAAGGACUCGACCGAAGAUGCCGAGGAAAAGAAGAACAAGCGUGUUUCGAGCUUCUUCGACGGUGCUGAGGGCGACGGCGAUGACUUCCUAUCCAACCUUGCCGCUACCAAGGGUGCUAAGACCGAUAACCCUUUCCAUCUUUUCAGCGAUUCCGAUAGUUCCGUUGAGAAGAACAUCACCACUGCCUUGAUGCUCGGUAACUUUGCCAAGGCAACUGAACUGUGUCUCAAGGAAGACCGAUUUGCCGAUGCAUUCCUGAUUGCCAACUGUGGUGGUCAAGAACUUGUUGACAAGGUCCAGGCUGCUUACCUGUCGCGCAAGAGUGAUAUGCCAAGCUACAUGCGUCUGCUCGGCUCUGUCAUUACCAAGAACCUUUGGGAUGUCGUCUACAAUGCUGAUCUGGAGAACUGGAAGGAGACAAUGGCUAUUAUCUGCACUUUCUCUGACCCCACCGAGUUCUCUGAUCUCUGUGAGGCUCUAGGUGACCGGGUCAAUGAGGAGGGUGACCGAAAGGAUGCUUCGUUCUGCUACCUUGUCGGAUCCAAGCUUGAGAAGGUUGUAUCCAUCUGGGCUGAAGAGCUUGACGAAGCUGAGCAGGCUGGUCUGAAAGAGGAGUCUGGUGAUUCUACUUUCUCUGUCCAUGCUAGAUCACUGCAGAACUUCAUCGAAAAGGUCACUGUCUUCCGCCACGCUACCAAGUUCCAGGACAGCGAGACGAACCUGGACUCUGACUGGAAGCUUUCCACUCUGUACGACAAGUACACCGAGUACGCUGAUAUCCUGGCCAGCCAUGGCCAACUGGAGACGGCUCAGAAGUAUCUCGACCUUCUUCCAUCGAACUAUCCCGCUGCUGAACUGGCGAGGAACCGUGUGCGCCUGGCUACUAAGAAGCCCGCCGCUCAGCCCGCUGCCCGAGUGCCUGCGUCGUCAAGCCGAACAUCGUCCAGACCUCAGCCUACUGUCGGGUACCAGCCUCCUCAGCCGGCGCUUGUCCCUGGAACAUUGACUGGCUCUGUCCCUGCCAACCCUUACAGCAAUAUCGCUCCAAGCCCGGCCGUUCCACAAUCCACUGGGUCCCCUGCACAGCAAUAUCAGCCCCCGACAAACCCUUAUCAACCACAAAAUAGUUAUGCACCUCCCGCGCAAACUGGCUAUGGUGCCCCAAGUGGUUAUCAACCUCCAGUUCAGCCCGGAUACGGCGCUCCUCAGCCAGGUUACGGCGCUCCCCCACAGCCUGGGUAUGGUGCUCCCGCUCCUCUUGCACCUCCACCAAUGGGUGGCCCUCCUCGAAACACCACUCCUUCGUCGGUAACACCUGCGGCCAAGGUGAAGAACAUGGACAACUGGAACGACGUGCCUCUUGUCACUAAGGCACCUCCAGCACGCAGAACCACCCCCAGCGUCCAGCCUAUUACUUCCCCUUUCCCUGGUCAGCAAGGUACGAGUGCUCCUCCACCCCCUAGUGGUUCUCCUUAUGGGCAGCGAACUGGGGCGACUCCUCCUCCCCCUCCCCCUAAGGGAUCCGCGCCGCCUCGAGUUCAGUCUCCCCUAGCAGCUCCCCCUCAAAACUUCCAGGCCCCUCCACCUCCUGCUGCCAGUAGCCACAACCCUUACGCGCCCCCUCCUCCUGCUGCUGGCGCAAUCCCAUCGCCUAUGCCCAACGUUGCUCCACGAACUGCGUCUCCGUAUAAUGUCCCUCCUGCUGCAGCACCUCCCUCCAACCGAUAUGCCCCUACUCCUUCAGCUCAGCCGCAGCAACAAUUCAGCCAACCUCCUGGAGCUGCAAACCGUCCUCCAGCCGGUUCAUUCGGAGCCCCGCCUCAGCAGUCAACUCCCAGCCAGUAUGCUCCUUCUCCAUACGGUGCUCCUCCUAGCCAACAAUCUGCGCCACCAACGGGACCACCUCCCACAGGACCUCCUCCUAUGAACCGACCUGGCCCUCCCACGGGGCCUCCUCCUGGGGGACCUGCAGCUACUUCUUCUCCCAGACCAACACCUCCUCCUCAAGCAUCGGCACCUCCCAAGGCCAGGCACCCUGCCGGCGACCGAUCGCAUAUCCCUGCCAACGCUCAGCGCUUGGUAGAUGUUCUAGAGCAGGAUAUGCAGCGGGUUGCCUCCAAGGCUCCUGCGACAUUUGCGCCCCAGGUCAAGGAUACGCAAAAACGACUUGGCUUGCUCUUUGACCACCUUAACAAUGAGGAACUGGUUAAGCCUGACACAAUUGAGCAACUGUCCCAGCUCGCCAGUGCUCUUGAGGCCAAGAACUACGAAGGUGCACACAAGCUUCAGGUUGAGAUUCAGCGGGACAAGACCGAGGAGUGUGGAAACUGGAUGGUCGGUGUCAAGCGACUGAUUAGCAUGAGCAAGGCUACACCAUGA